GGAGAUAGUGACGUACCGGAAAACGGUGUCGUCCUUGUUACAAUGGGGAUUUUUGGUUGCUCAUUUGUUGGUUAAUAAACUGUGAAUAACUGCGGAUUAUUCAAACUGUCGUCUUUUGUAUGUGGUUUAUCCCGACGCAUACAUGAUAAAGUCCAGUGCAGCAGGUCCAUCCACCUCUUCCCCUCAGACAAUGAAGGAACCCAAGGAGAACUUGAGCGGCCAAGCCACUCUGGACCACAUCAAGCCAUGCUGGUACUGGGACAAGAAGGACCUAGCCCACACCCCGUCUCAGUCCGAGGGCCUUGACCCGGGUACGGAGGCUCGGUAUAGGAGGGAGGGAGCCCGCUUCAUAUUCGACGUGGGAACCCGCCUCGGCCUACACUAUGACACUCUGGCCACCGGCAUCAUAUAUUUCCAUCGCUUCUACAUGUUCCACUCCUUCAAACAGUUUCCCAGAUACGUGACUGGAGCUUGUUGUCUUUUCCUGGCUGGAAAAGUCGAGGAGACCCCAAAGAAGUGCAAAGACAUCAUCAAGACGGCGCGGAGCUUACUGAACGAUGUGCAGUUUGCUCAGUUCGGCGAUGAUCCAAAGGAGGAGGUGAUGGUUCUGGAGAGGAUUUUACUCCAGACAAUCAAGUUUGACCUGCAGGUGGAGCAUCCCUACAUGUUCCUGCUGCGCUACGUCAAGCAGCUUAAAGGGGAGAAGAAUAAAGUCUGCAAGGUAUUACAGAUGGCUUGGACCUUUGUCAACGACAGCCUUUGCACCAUGCUGUCUCUGCAGUGGGAGCCAGAAAUCAUCGCCGUGGCUGUGAUGUACCUGGCCGGCCGCCUGUGUAAGUUCGACAUCCAGGAGUGGACGGCCAAGCAGUCGUCCCGCCGCUGGUGGGAGCAGUUCGUCCAGGAUGUCCCCGUCGAGCUUCUGGAAGACAUCUGCCACCAGAUCCUGGAUCUGUACUCCCAGGGAAACAAGCCCAUCCCUCAGCAGAUCCAGGAGAAAGAGCGGGCGCCAGCUACCCCCACCUCUCUUCCCCCAGUCCCACAGGGGCAGCCCCCGGCCUCCAACCCGCCGCCUCCACCGCCCAAGAAGGCCUCUCCUCAGGUCGGCAGCCCGGCACGCCAACUCAAACGCUCGCAUACUCCUCCAAAGGAUGAACCCAAACCUCCAGAACAAGCCGGGUCAAAGAUCCCGCGACUGGAGAGCCCCAUGCCCCCCCUGCCUACAUCCCAGCCUCCCCCAGCCCCUCCUGCAGAGGCGGAACCAGGAAACGAAGCUGCUCCUCCGCCUCCACACGCCCCGCCCCCACACCAGCCCCCACCCUUGCCUCAUCGCCCUCCUCCGCCCCCGCCCUCCAACUACCUGAUGUCCACCACCAGCUCCUACAUGUCUGGGGAGGGCUACCAGAGCCUGCAGUCCAUGAUGAAGACAGAAGGCCCGCCCUACACCCCCAUGCCGCCCAGCUACCCGCCACCCAUCCCGCCGUAUCACCCGCACGUCUACCAACCGGCCGCGGCGCCUCCUCCAGGUCCUCCGCCUCCUCCAUCCAGUUACCCACCACCAAGUUUGGCCCCGGCCUACCCUCCGCCGGGCUACAACAGCUACCCUCCGCCACCGCCUCCCCGCAUGCCCCCAGGCCACGUGCCGCCGCCAGGGAUCACGCUUCCCCCUGCCGGGUACCCUCCUCCUCCCCCCGUGCCUCCAGGACAGUCCCAAGUGCCCCUUCCUCCUCCACCUGGAAUGCCCCUCAACCGCGGCGGGUGGAUGAGAUGAAUUUACAAACACAUUGCUGCUGAUUGGAGACUGAACCACAAAGUUUUCCUGUCACAAACUAAAAGAAGUGACUGGUCUCUGUUCAGUGCGGCUUCAGACAAGCAGCUGAGGUGGUUGGAAAUAAACUGGAAAUGACAAGUCAGGUCUGGGCACCAUUGUUUGGAAAACCAGGAGAAAUAUUUCUGGGAAGUAUUUUUUUUGUUUUGGAAAGAUUUUGAUAUCUACAGGAAGCUACGUAUUGAGUCCUUCACUGAGAAUGUACUGAGGAACAGCAGCACCCUGUUUUCCUCCCAAAGUGUGUCAAACAUCGUAGUGACAUGUUUCAGUUUAUUUGGUUUUGUUUUAGGCUUCUUAUCAUUGAAAUCAUGUAUUUUGCCUCCUAAUGUUUCCCAGUUGCAUUUGUUUUUGCGCUCUGUUUCUCACUUUGUUCUGUCACAUUGUGUCCAGUCUUGGGGAAAACGCAGUAGUUGAGUCUUUUGGAGUUUGUCGGCUCAUAAUCUGUUUUUGUUUUGGCAUAACUUCAAAAAUGCUGGUUUCGCGUUGCAAACAGUUCUGCGACUAUUAAAAGUUUUAUUUUCACAUUU